AUGCCUGGUAUAAGUGAUGGGUGGAUGUCUCAUGGCCGAAUACUAGGCACUUCAUGUCAUCUUGUUUCCGUGCAGUUCACUUCUUCGGCAAUUUCCAUGAAGUCCACAACUAUAUUUUCUCUACAUACAACUAUGGCACUAUCCUCAGCGUUUAUGGCUAGAAACCCUGGGUGUGACUCAUGCAUGGCCGAAGGAACACCAUGCAAGCAAUAUUUGGCUGGACGUGCAUGCACUGGAAGCAUGAAAGACUUUUUCAGCAAGAAAAAUGUUGAAAAAUUUGUAAAAAAGUCUUUCAUGCUUCCAGUGAUGGCAUCAAGAAAUGCACAAUACACAGAUGAUGGCCAUGGUUCUGCAGGGCCCAGGCUUGUGUUGUGUGCAAGCAGUGGUGCAGCCAUGUUACAGAACACACAAAUACUACAGAUGAACAUGGAGCAUCACGCAAUUCUUCAAGUGACUUGGUCGUGUUGGGAAAACGGCCGAACAAUUGGGAUUCCGGCAGGAGAAAGAAGAGAAAGCUCAAUGCCGAAAAAGGCAGCGGUUGGAAGUAGAGGUCAGGAAGGUGGAGAAGGAUCUGGCAAACAUGAAGGAGAUUUGCAGGAGCACCCUCAAACGAUUUUGACACAUUUCACACUUCAGCAAGCAGCUUUAUCAUUGUCGGCCAGUCGGCCAACUGCUUCGAUUCAACCGAAUAACCUAACUUGCCUGAAUCGUAUUACAGCCGACUCUGAACUGAACGUUACAGCUGAUAUCGUCCCAAAUAAUUUUCAACCAGUCAUGGUUCGUAAAAGUAGCGAUAGCCACAUAGGUGUGGAACACACCGAAUGUAUAGCACAGUCUGUUACACCAAAUCAGAAUUUGCAAAUCAUUGUCACUCAACCUAAAGACAUGCAGGCUGCUUCCAGGGAACAGGCAAACAGGCAUUCUCAUGCUGCUUGCAAAGCACAGCAGCAGGAUUUUGCAGAUAGUCAAUCAGCUACUGCUGAUCAGAUCCAGGAAGGCCCUUGGUGGUUGGCCAGAUGGACAGCUUCGAUCACUAGCACGGAAUCUGAUGGUGCUGAGAAGUUCUACUCUGUUCAUCGUGGUUGGCGCACUGGGGUGUUUACAUCAAGGCUUGCCGCAUUUCUGCUCGCAUCAGGCGUGAAAGGAGGGAACUGGAAGUCUUCCCAAAGUAAAUGA